UCUCCACCAUGGCUCUGCGGCGGGUGCUGGGUCUGGGGGGGGCCCUGGGGCGCCGGAGCUACUGCUCCAAGCCGCUGCCCCCCGACUUCGUGGAGGCGCUGAGGGCCGUGGUGGGGGCGCCCAACGUGUCCACGGCCACGGCGGUGCGGGAGCAGCACGGGCACGACGAGUCCAUGCACGACUGUGCCCCCCCGGAUGCUGUGGUGUGGCCCCAGGCUGUGGAGCAAGUGCAGGAGCUGGCGGCGCUCUGCCACCGCUGCCGCGUGCCCAUGGUGCCCUUUGGCACCGGCACCGGCCUUGAGGGCGGCGUCAAUGCCGUGCAGGGCGGCGUCUGCUUCGACCUGAGCCGCAUGGAUGCCAUCACGGAGCUGAGGCUUGAAGACUUCUCCGUGGCGGUGGAGCCUGGCGUCACCCGCAAGGCCCUCAACAAACACCUGCGCGGCACUGGGCUCUGGUUCCCCGUUGACCCCGGGGCGGACGCCUCGCUGUGCGGCAUGGCGGCCACGGGCGCCUCGGGCACCAACGCCGUGCGCUACGGCACCAUGCGGCCCAACGUGCUCAACCUGCGGGUGGUGCUGCCGGACGGGCGCCUGCUCCACACCGCUGGCCCCGGGCGCCAGCCCAGGAAGCGAGCGGCCGGCUACGACCUGACCUCUCUCUUCGUGGGCUCCGAGGGCACGCUGGGCUUCCUGACACAGGCCACCCUGCGCCUGCACCCCCUGCCCGAGGCCGUGGCCGUCACCACUGCCACCUUCCCCAGCGUGCGGGCGGCCGUGGCUUGCACCGUCCAGGUGCUGCAGGCGGCCGUGCCUGUGGCGCGCAUCGAGUUCCUGGAUGAGGUGAUGGUGGAGGCCUGCAGUCGCUUCAGCAAGCUGGAGCUGCGGGCGGCGGCCACGCUGCUGCUGGAGCUCCACGGCUCCCGGCGCGGCUUGGCCGAGCAGCAGCAGCAGGCGGAGGAGAUCGUGCAGCUGAACGGUGGCUCCAGCCUGGCCUGGGCAAAGGAGCCGGAGGAGCGCGAGCGGCUCUGGGCCAUGCGCCACAGCGCCUGGUACGCCGCCCUGGCCCUGCGGCCCGGCUGCCAGGGCUACUCCACAGACGUCUGCGUGCCCAUCUCCCGCCUGCCCGACGUGGUGGUGGAGACCAAGCAGGACCUGCAGGACUCUGGCAUCACUGGGCCCAUGGUGGGACACGUGGGGGAUGGCAACUUCCACUGCAUCAUCGUCUUCAACACCCACGACCCGGCCGAGGCCCAGCGGGUCCACGCCUUCACCGAGCGCCUGGGCAGGCGGGCGCUGGCGGCGGGGGGCACCUGCACCGGGGAGCACGGCGUGGGGCUGGGCAAGCGGGCACUGCUGCGGGAGGAGCUGGGCCAGGAGGGGCUGGACACCCUGCGCAGCAUCAAGACCGCCCUGGACCCCCACAACCUCAUGAACCCUGGCAAGGUGCUCUGAGGGGGCAGCAGCACCCACCUGGCAGCUUCUGGAGGCAGGGCUGGGGCGGUCCCGCCGCCCUG